UAAUAAUUCUUUUCUGUCAACGCCACGCGCGCAUUCAUUCUAAUCGAACCACUACAGAUAACCCCUGCAUGUGCUUGAACAUUUCUUAUUCUAUAUCGACUUGACAUAUACUUGCAGCCAACAUGCCACCUCCCCUCCCCUCCCAACAUCGCGGCAUGACCGCAAACCCCCUCAAACCUAGCAGAUACCGACCCGGAAAAGCCAUCGCCGAGGAGCCCUCGUCGUCCGAGGAAGAAGAUGAGGAUGACGAGGCCGAGAAGAUCAGAGAGCAGGAACGGCGCAGACUCGAACAGCAGAGGCGACAGGCUCCUAAGGCGAGCUCGUUUCCUGCAGCGGCCGCGGCCGCGGGGAAAAUUGCCAAGGGGGUCAAGGAUGUGAAGAUUGAGGAAGAGGAAGAAGAUGAGGAGGGUUUUGUGACCGAGGAUGAGGACGAGGAUGAGGAAGAUGCCCGGCCUUCGGAGGCGGCUCCCCCUGUUGCUGGCGAUAGGGUGGCUGCUGCGCCGGCGCAGACUGCUGCAGAUGGGGAAUCGGAGGAGGAAGAGGAAGAAGAAGAGGAAGAGAGUUCGGAAGAAGAGAGCAGCUCCGAAGACGAGGCCCCCCGCAGGGUGCUCUUACGACCUACGUUCAUCAAAAAAGGCAAGCGCAACAAUACCGGUCAACCACAGGACAGCGGAGCGGGCACUACGGUUGAUUCAGCAGCCGACACAGAGGCCCGUCGGGCACAGCGACAGGAAAAGGCAGACACUUUGAUCCGGGAGCAGCUGGAGAAAGACGCCAUUGCGCGGAGUGAGGCCAACCGGGCCUGGGAUGACGACGAAUUAGAGGUGGGCGACGAGGAGGCGAUUGACGACAAAGACGGAAAGGACCCAGAGGCCGAGUACGCGGCUUGGAAGCUCCGAGAGCUGAAGCGCAUCAAGCGUGAGCGUGAGGCGAUCGAGGUUGCAGAAAAGGAGCGCGAGGAGAUCGAGCGGCGCAGGGGAUUGACGGCCGAGGAGCGCGAGCGCGAAGACCGCGAAUUCAUCGCCAAGCAGGAGGAAGAGAAGGAGGCGAAUCGUGGCCAGGCAGGAUACAUGCAGCGCUACUUUCACAAGGGUGCCUUUUUCAACGAAGACAUGGAGCGGGAGGGACUCGCGCAGAGAAAUCUCAUGGGGGCGAAAUUCGUGGAUGAUGUCUCCCGGGAAACUCUACCUCAGUACAUGCAGAUCCGUGAUAUGUCGAAGCUGGGCAAGAAGGGACGCACGCGUUAUAGGGAUCUAAAAUCCGAGGACACCGGUCGUUUUGGCGAUGGGUUCAACAACCGUCGGCAUCGCGAUGGGCCUCCGAUAGGCAUCACCGACGAAAGAUUCCUGCCUGACCGGGGCGAUGACAGACCUAGAGGUCCCACGGGGGCCAAUGCUUCUGCCGUGCGCGAGCGACGGAGAUCUAGAACUCGAUCACGUUCCCCGCGGCGAGACCGCAGUCGCGAUCGUUCGGCAGACCGGUAUAGGCCUGAUACAAGCAGCCGCAGGAAGCGCAGUCCCUCGCCUUAUGAAGAUCGAGAGAAGCGGAGGCGCGUGAGUGUUUCGCAAGAACGCUAAACGAGAACAUGCAACAAAAUCAUUUUAUUUCUAUCGGCGUUGUUGGGUAUCUUGAGAUCAAGGAUGGAUCAGGGCGAUGCAUUGGGAACCGUUGUUCCUUUCUCUUGCAUUUGAUGUGGCUUCAAAAGAUGAAUAUACCUGCACGUUCGGUCGAUGGACUGCAACGUAAAUAAAUCAGACAUCUUGCUUGCAUAUACAAGAAUCAUAGAUGUCCGCGCGAAGUCUUCGCGUUACCUUCUACCUCCUUCCAUCUCGCAUCAACGGUAAUAUCUCGCGCUAAGGACCUCAUUAGAUCGGAUCCUUUCAAGCAAUCAAAUGGCCUGGCCCAUAACACCGCGCGAGGCCCAGAGCGUGAACCCGUUCGCAUCUAGUAUACUGAAAGAAA